UCACGGCUGGAGCUGCCCUGUCACGCGCGAUCAGUAAAAGUUGGGAUUGAAGCUUGACUCCGCAAAGCUGCGUUUUUCUGGCUUUUAAACUGCAUCCCCCGAAGGAAACCAAAUUUCGUAUAACUUCUCGAAAAACGUUAUUCGGACUCGAGCAGGAAGUAUUUGUUACCGAGGGAAAGCCGCUAAAGUAACAGAAAUUUUUAGCAGUUGAGCAGCUCGAAUUAACGCCAAUGAAGGAGGUUAUUCGCCCGGAGUGACCGUUGGUCCUAAUUAGCUAAUUUUUUUCUUCUCGGCGUCACAAAAAGAACUUUGUGACCGUAUUAAAUGUUUUGAAAGCCUGCCGGCCGGUCCGGGGAGGGAUUUCGCACAGAGUUGCUACAGACAGUGACGUGGGGUUCUAGCUGUCAAAGCCGAUGACUACCGCGGACUGCGGCGGUAAUGAAGAGCUGGACUUCAGACUCAUGUUCGGGGAGGACGGCCAGCCGCCACCGCCGCCACUGGGCCCCGCAGAUCUCGAAUCUGAUGAAAAUGGCUCAUUUUACAUCUUCAAUGUUGGCCAGCCCCCAUCGUUGGUCAACCAGCCAAUUGGAAUUCCCCGCCAUGGCCCGCAAUCUCACUCGCCAGUUGUUUCAGUGCCGCCCCGUUCACACGCAUACAAGGGGUAUGAGUUCAGCUAUGAUGUACCUAGGUACAGCCCGACAGGGGUCAGCAAGGCCUUUGAGUGCCCCAGCAUCCAGAUCACCUCUAUCUCACCCAGUUGUCAGCAGGGCAUGGAAGCCAGCGGAGGUCACCUGGUAACUGGAGAUGCUGAAGCUGAAGACACAGAUCGGCCACUGUCUCGGGGCCAUCUGUACCUUCCAUUGGAGACCUCGUUCCGGGACUUGCCGAUGAGCUCCAGCCCUUGUAGCAGCCUUUCCUCCCGGAGCUGGUUCUCGGAUGCUUCUUCCUGCGAGUCCUUUUCGCACGUGUAUGAUGACGUGGACUCCGAGCUGAAUGAAGCGGCUGCUCGCUUCACACUGGGCUCCCCGCUGACCUCCCCUGGCUGCUCCCCAUUGGGCGGCCCUGCUGAGGAGCCGUGGCAGCGUGCCCGUGCUGCUCUCUGCUCUCAACUGUCACCCCGCCAGUCACCUGGUCACUCACCGGGCCACUCACCUCGUGCUAGUGUGACAGAUGAGAACUGGCUAAGCCCACGACCCUCCUCACGGCCGUCCUCACGGCCUCCUUCUCGCCCUGCCUCUCCAUGUGGAAAAAGGCGCCACUCUAGCGCUGACCUCUGCCGACCGGGCUCUGCCUCUCCACACCAUUCUCCUGGCCCUACCCCCGGUCACUCCCCCCGAGGAAGUGUGACAGAAGACACCUGGGUAGGCAGCCCCUCCCUAGGGAUGUCCCUCCCCUUCCAGUGCUGCCCAUCUGAGGCAGACAUCCCCUCAAAAACCAGGAAGACCUCCCAAGACAGGGUGUCCCUGCCUGGGAAAUGUGAUCUGGGCCUGGAAGACCCAAGCUGUAUGUCACCUGCGCUGGACUCUCCUGUGGAAGAUACCCUGAAGAAGGAGACUCUGGGGGAGCAGUUCCUGUCCGUCCCCUCACACUUUACUUGGAACAAACCGAAGCCUGGGCACACACCUAUCUUCCGGGCCUCAUCCUUGCCCCCUCUGGACUGGCCCCUCCCCAGCCAAUUUGGACAGUAUGAGCUCAAGAUUGAGGUGCAGCCCAAGGCCCACCACCGUGCCCACUAUGAGACAGAGGGGAGCCGGGGGGCAGUCAAGGCAGCCUCUGGUGGCCACCCAGUGGUCAAGCUUACAGGUUUUAAUGAGAAGCCAGUGAACUUGCAGAUGUUUAUUGGAACAGCUGACGAUCGCUACCUCAGACCGCAUGCCUUCUACCAGGUGCACAGGAUCACAGGAAAAACGGUUGCCACCGCCAGCCAGGAAAUCAUAAUUGCCAGCACCAAGCUUCUCGAAAUUCCUCUCCUUCCUGACAACAAUAUGUCAGCCAGCAUCGACUGCGCUGGGAUUUUAAAACUGCGCAACUCUGACAUCGAACUGCGGAAAGGCGAGACGGACAUCGGGCGCAAGAACACGCGCGUGCGGGUGGUGUUCCGCGUCCACGUGCCGCAGGCCAGCGGCAAGGUCCUGUCCCUCCAGGUCGCCUCCAUCCCAGUAGAGUGCUCUCAGCGCUCUGCACAGGAGCUACCUCAAGUGGAUAAAUGCAGCCUGAACAGUUGCCCCAUCAGCGGUGGAGAAGAGAUGGUCAUAAUGGGCUCCAACUUUUUUCCAGAGUCAAAAGUCAUCUUCCAAGAGAAGGGACCAGAAGGAAGACCGCAGUGGGAAGUCGAAGCAAAAGUUGUGCGAGAAAGAAGUCAUGGAUCAAGCCUCGUGCUGGAGGUUCCUCCAUACCACAACAAGGCUGCGAGCUCCCCGGUCCAGGUGCAGUUCUUUGUGUGUAACGGGAAACGGAAACGGAGCCAGUGUCAGCGCUUCACAUACCUGUCAGUGGUGAAGCAGGAGCAUCGAGAUGAGAUGGACCUUCCUGUUGGACCCCCAGCAGCCUUGAGCCAGGCGCACCACUUGGCCAGGCCCCGGCAGCCUUCCCCCGACAGCCUCCAGCCGCACGACAGCCUCCUAUCCGGCUCCCCGCAAAGCCUAGUUGCCGGCUUGCCAGCUCCUCAGCAAGUCUACCCGCACUUAGGGGCUCCAUCCUUUCAGCAGUUGUCUCCACUCGAGGCCCAUGGGCUUGGCCCUGACUGCCAGAUGGUGGGUGCAGCCCUAGGUUACACCACAGCGCCACCUCCGCCCUGCCCUGCUUACCAAUCCAUACCGUGCGCUUUGAGAUACAACGGCCAGCCGAGCCUUCCUAUGACCACCACCUCACCACAGGCCUAUGAGCCAAUCACCACCUACCAGCUUGACCCAGCCACCUCCCACCCCCUGAAUCUGGGUGUACUGUACCACUCCUCCCUUGGCACAGCCUCUAGUUCUGUUCCUCCAGGUCCCCUGACCCAUGGCUCCUCGCACUUGCACUCCCUUGGCUUCCCGUGCCCUAAUCCAGGACAGGCCCCUUGCCCCAGCUAUCCAAACACAGCAUCCUGCCCUUCCUCAGCCACUGCCCCACCUCCAACAGUGCCUUCCCCUCACUCUGGUCCCUCGUCCCCCCAGCUGCCGCCACUGCCAUACCAGUCCCCAAAUGGUGGUUCGGCCUCCUCACCCUCGCCGACAUCCAGCAGCCCCUUGAUGCAUCUGCCAUGCUCUGGUCAGGCCUCGCCGCAGGCAUCCAGCCCCGGCAUGGGUAGCCUGGCAUCGGCAGGUGCUCUGUGCCCACCCCUGACGCCCCGCUCUCCCUUUUCACCUGAGGGAGAGCGGCUGCACAUUAAGCAAGAGCCAGAAGAUAAGGAGCUCACAUUCCAGUCCAUCGGCCUGCAGGACAUCACGUUGGACGACGUGAACGAAAUCAUCGGUCGAGACAUGUCCCAGACUCCAGGCCUUGCAGCAGCGCACAGCCAGCCCUAAGCUGCCUGCUCUGGCUGGUCUUCCAUCAUGCACAGCUGGGAUCCAGCUCUGUCCACCCUACACCAGCCCCCCCAGAGCUUCCAGUACCACAGCCCCUCACCAUCAGACUGGGCUCCACAGCUGGAUGGACGUGGAUUGCGCAGAUGGUGCAGGGUCUUUUGCUCAUAAGUCACACCAUCCAAGACCCAAUUACAUGCUCAGUAGACCAACAAGCAGCACUCAUAGUGGCAGGUUUUUGAAGGUUGUUCAGUCAUGACAUGGCUGCAGGUGUAGACCAUCUCACACCGAGUGUGCAGCUCACAGUGCAGCUUGCAUGCCUGAUUAAUGUGCCUCCACAGUGCACAUUGUAAAAACACGGCAUUUGCUGUUUCUCCCAAGAUGGAUCGGGGCUCUUAAAUUAGAGGGUGAAAGAGUCAUGAAUCUGUGGAGUGAUACAGGAGCAAAGGACAGUACAAUUGAAUUUAGAUGGUAUCAGUUCAUAAACACCCCUGCGUGGUGCUGCAGUGGAACAUCAGUCUGUCCGUUCUAGUGAAUUUCUUCUCUGGGGGUGGGUCAGCAACAGGGUUGAGGGCAUGUUUUUGGCUCAAUGGCCAAUUAAAUCACUCCUCCUGGGGUGGUCUGUGUGGGAGAUGGUCCUACUGUGUGCCUGGGCAGAAACCAAGUAGCCUUGGGGUGAAGAGUGAGAAGCUUCCAUGUUGAAGUUGUCAUGGGGGUAGAUAAUAUUCAACAUUCCACACUUUGAGUGUUUUUUUUUUUUAAACUUUGUAGAAAAUUGUACAUUUUCCUCCACUUCAGCUUGCACAAAUGCCUUACAUUUUUUAGUUUUUAAAAAUUAGAAGCUUUUAUAAUAGAACUGUUUUAUAUAGCUGAUUUUUGAAUUUAGUAUUAUAUUUGUUAAAAAUGGUAUUUUAAAAAAUGUAGACUUUGACUUGCUGAGUUGUUCAAAUGCGUAUGACUUCCCUUAGUAAAAUGCUCCUCUGGCUACUGGUGCUCUGCACCACCUUCUUUUAGCGUGAAUUAAAGGCAGAAAUGACUGUUUAAAUAGGAGACAUUUAAAUGCCAGCAUGUGUUAUUUAGCUGUCAGGAGUGUUAUUUAACCAUGCAAUAUUGUAUCAUGGUAUGGAGACGUCCUGCAACAGAAUUGGCUGGCUUCAAAUGAUACCUCACAUUACCUGUAUUUGGGGGACAGAUAGGAGCCCCCUGUUCAUCACUGUUAAUUUAAAUUUAAAAUGGUUGAGAACAAAAGAGAUUUAUAAAUAAUUUGUUUUUCUACCAGAGGCUUUCUACCCUUUCUAAGGCGAGCUACCUGUAGAGGUCGUUAUGUUGAGAUUCCGCUGACUUGUGACCUGUGAAGCCACCUGGAAGUGCCUGUCUAGGUCCAGCGUCUGCUGCCAUGCCAGCUAGACGUGACUGUCUAGGUCCAGCGUCUGCUGCCAUGCCAGCUAGACGUGCCUGUCUAGGUCCAGCGUCUGCUGCCAUGCCAGCUAGACGUGCCUGUCUAGGGCACAUCAGUGUUUUUCAGCCCACAGACAGUCCUCAUUUUUGCUUCCACCCAGCUUCCUGCCAUCAGUCCAUUUUUUUUGCCACCCAUGUCCUGCAAAACGUGAACUGUCUGUGGGUCUCCAAGGACCGGAUUGGGAAACGCAGCUUUAAGGGGGUCGAGAUGCACCCCAUGCAGAACAGCUGCUCCAGCAUUUUCACUUUGCUGCCGUUCACUUUUCCACACUGUAUCCCCCACAGUAGUAAGCUAGUAGUAAGCAAAAAUUUAGAUUACAUUUUCAGCUUUCAAUCUAGAAUAAGACCAUUAUGUAAUGGUUGUUUCAGGGUUAUAUACACAAUUUGCAAUUCCCAAAAAAGGCUAAAUGUAGCACCAAUAUUGGCCUGUAAUCCAAAGGUAUAAAAGAAAAAAGCAUUUUUGACUCAUGAAGACACUCAGGUUUUCCAUUGAGGAAACGUCAGGCAGGGGUUUCUAGGAGAAUUAUAAAAAUGUAUCUAUGCAGGCCUGGAUUUUCACCCUGCCUUAGCCUGUCCUUUUCACAAUCAGUCAUGUUUCUGUUCGCACAUAUAUUUUUCUAUUUAAAGACUAUUUGAAAUUUGGAUAGGGAGUGUUCACAUACUAUAGUCAUGCCCGAAAAUUCUGCUAUGCACUAAAAGCUGAUCGAUGCCUUUCUAAAGAAUCCUGUUGCCUGUAGACGUAGAGAAACUUAAAUGUAAAACCACAGGAUGACUCAAGGUCCCACUCCCCCUGUAUGUAUCGUAUGUGCGCUUCUGCAUUGAAAAGAGUACAAUGCAAAAGUCUUAAUAGUUUCUUUUUUUUCAUACCAAUAAAGAAUUGAAUUCAGUGGAUUAGACUAUGCAAACACAACAGUGCAAUGAGAAGAUCCUCAUCAGGUAUUUGCAUGUUCUUUAGAUGUGUCCAUUUUGCAUUUUGUAGGAACAUCAGCAUGUUCUAAAUAUCCCCUAAAUCUGAUCUGCAUCACAGUUAAACGUACCUAACAAAUUUCCUACAAAAAACCUUGUGCUAUGCACAAAUUUUGAGUCACAGGCUUCUUUUUGCGGUCUUCUGUGGGAUUCUUUGUGAAAAUAGAAAUCAUGACCAUUGACUGGAGGCCAGGAUAGGAGCUAUGGACUGAGAGAACGGUGAUCCAAGCAGGCUCUUCCAAGCCCAGCAUCUUCCCUUUCACCAAAGAUUUGAUGCUGGUUGGAGAAUGGGAUCCAGGCUGUAUUUUUGAUAUUCUGUGAUGAAUGUCAUUCGUGAAAAUCAGGGGGUUUUAAAAACAGUUUUGUAAAAUGAAAGGGAAAUACAGGUCUAGCAGACGUUUACAGAGCCUUGUAUUGUAAUUUCAUGUACAUUUUUGUAUUUUAAAAUUUUGUAAUUUUUAAGAAUGCUGUGUGCUUUUGCAGCUCUUCAAAGGGAACCCCCUGCAUCUUAGGCGUUUAGUGUAUUAAUAAAAAAAUGUAAAACUGGUCUGCAGUCAGUGUUGUGCUACUGUUCCUCACAGGGAGGGGAUGGAUGGUGGCAGAAACCUGUAGAAGCAUCCGCUCCCUCUGAGUGUUCAGUUUUUUUUUGUUUUUUUUUUUAAAAAGCUUUAUUUUGCAUUUCCAAAGCUAGAUGGUAUUGUUAGCAUCUAAUCAACCUCAAAUUGAGCUUCUAUAAACAUUUUGAUCACAACUAAACUGAGUGUACCCCAGUCAUUCCAGCUGCUGAAAUCUAUCAUACUCAGGUUAUCCUUCAUUUAACAGGAUGUAUGAUGUAACUAGUCCUUGUGUCAAGGACCAGUGAGCGUUCUGCGGCAUGUUCCAGGUCUAGAGUGUUUUUUCCCCUCAAGUCCAAGUCAAUCGUUUUGAAUGUUGCAGAAAUUUAAUUUGCAUAGUGUCACAGUAUGUCAUUAAACCUUAUUGCAAAAUUGAA